UUUUAUUCUAUUUACUUAUUUACCUUUGUAUCCAGGUAGCUCAAAACUGCUUCGCCAAAACAUGCCUGACACGAAAAAACUUAGUAUCUAUUUCUAUGGUAAUUUGGUUAUAUCGUUAUCCAUAUUAUAAAUUAUAAGGACAUAUUGUUAUCAGUUAUCACAUGUGUAGGACACGAUUAUUAUCUAUGAGGACACCGCGCGACUUCAGCGCUCUAAUCGGACAACGUUGGUUACGUUGUACAAAUUAUUCAACAUUCUAACGUGCAAUGUAGCAUGCAUAGUACUGAGUAGUGAAACUCUGAACUUACUACUCAAAAAUCAGAAGUCUAUUACUGUUCGUACUGUGCAGUCUACCUGCAGCUCGUGUCUUUAUACAAUUACUUCCUAUACUUGGGUACCUAAUACUUUUCACUGACUUAUAUUUUUUUAACUUGGCGUUCAAACAAAACAAGUUAAAUAAAAAUGAGUAAAGACCCGGCAGAUAAUCAGCUUGAAGAUUUUAAAAAAAAUAUUAAGGUAAUUAUUUUAUGAUAUAACUUUUCACAAUUUUUAAUUUGAAAGCAAAUUCAAUUCAUUUUCUUAGGAAAAUCGAAAUUCUAUAUAAAUUUCCAACUUUACUCUGAACUAUUAUUUAUUUUACUUUUAUCCCUACAUGGUAUUAUAAUAUGUAUCUCAUUACUUUUUACUAACCUGUAUAAUUUAGAAGUACCUAGUUAGAUGCAUAAGUGCAUUAUGCAUAGGCAUUUCAAUUUUAAACAAUAUUUUUAAAUUAUUCCUUAAAAUAUAAUAAUACACAUGUAUACAAAUUAACAGAACUUGUAUUUUUUAAUUAAAUAGAUGCAAACCUUUUGUAAAACCUAUACUCAUAUCAUGUAUUUAUAACAGUAAUUUUUCAUGAUAUAAAAUAAAUUAAAUUAAUGAUGGUUUUUAGCUUUUGAUAGUAAAUUGCAUAGUAUUCACUAUAGCUAUAGGUGCCAAAAAGUUUAUAUAUUUUUCAAAUAAUUAAAUUUAUUUCUAUAUAAUAUACACCUAUUUUGAUAUUUUAAAUUUUGAGUUAAGCAAGCAAUGUAUUGGUUUUAUAAUGAUGUUUAUUUUUUUCCUGUAAACAGCUUUUCUACCAAAAAAUGUUGCUUCAAUUUUCAAGUGUAGCACCUUUUCUGAAAGGAAAUUUGACUGGGACAGUAAUUUAAGAGGUCAUUUUUUGAUUUUUCAAGAGUUUUUAUAAUAAAUAGAAAAUUUAGGAAAUUUAUUAUUUUCAAAUCGUCGACAACCUUUCAAAACAUGUAUUACCGAACUCCACUCAGAAUCGUUUUUUGUUAGCAAUGAUAAAUAUUCGUGUCCAGAUAUACAUUAAAUUUCCCCUCUACAUUCCCAACCUCUCACCUACAACAGUGGCCCACCCUUCGUGUGAAGUAUGUCUAUUUAUUUUUAUAUAAUAUGUAUGUUGAAAAAUGCAUUAUUGUAAUAUUUACCUUGUUAUAUUUGUAUUCAUGUCAUCAGAUUAAGGUUUUAAUACUUAAUAUUAUUAAUAUAAGAUGUAAAACAUUUAAAAUAUAGUUAUUAAAGUCUAUAUUAUAUGUAUUAAUUAAAUGAGAGCUUUAUUUAUUCACUAAAAUGUAUGAAUAAGUAGCUAUCUACUUUAGAAUAUCAAAGUGACAAAAUUUGAUAUUUUAUAAUAGUGCAUUGUUAGCAUACAAUAUAAAUUUCAGUGUUGGUGAUUCAUUGCUUUUGCCAUUAUUCAAAUUAAUGUAACUUAAGUUUCCUGAACACGAAAUCCAAAAAGUUUUCAAGUAUUUUAAAUUUGUAAUUUAAAUUUAAUCAAGAAUUAUGUGUUAUGAAAUAAGGUAUUUAAAUAUGUUUUUAUACAUAUCUUUUCACAUUUUUCAUUAUGUUUUGGUUUGUAGCCAAUGGCAUAUUUAUGGGGAAAAUCAGGGAGAUAAAUCUCCCCCCCUGACAUUUUUUUCAGUUACUAUUAUUUAUACAAAUACCUAUUUUUAAAUUUGAAUUUCUCAACUUUUUUAGUCAGGAAAAAUCAAAAAUGUGUUGGCAACAUGUCAAUAUAUAAAAAAAUCUUGAACAAUAGGUUUCCUACAUUUCUUUGUUAUAAAACGAAACCUAUCAGAACCACUAUAAUGUAAAGGAGGUUUUCCUUAUGAUUAUUUUUAGGAUAGCAUAAGUAAACUAAUAAUAAUAAUAAUUAUAAUAUUUUAAUUAUCAUUGAUAAAUCAAAUUAUAAAUUGCUUACUAAAAAUAUUUAGAUUUAAAAUUAUAUAUUUUUUUUUGUUUUAGUUUACGUAUAUAUUAUUCAAUAUUUCAAAAUUCAAUAUCUCCUUUCUUGAUAAAAUCCUAAAUACGUCACUUUUGAAGACAAAAGUAUAUUUUAAUCUAUUCUAUAUUUAUGUAUAUUUUUAUUUAUUUCCUAUAUUGUCUAUAAAUAUUUUAGGAAAUUCAAUCCUACUUGUAAUAAAUGAUGAAUAACAUGUCAACAAGUAUUUGCACAAUAAUAUGUAAUUACUAGAAAAUGAGUAAUAACUUUUGGUAUCUAUUACAUAACUAUACAUUCCUUAUUAUCUAUAGUUGUUUAUAAUUGCUAAUAUUCAAACGUUCAGAAGAGUAACUUAAAGAUCAGUGUAUGGGUUUUCUUGAAUAGCCAUAUUGUAUUAAAAACUUGUAAUUGAGUAAAUCCCGUAUUGAAAUAAAAAUUUUAUAAUAUUUGUACUUACCUAUCUACUACUAACCUACUGAAAAUUAUUUGAUUUAUUUUGAGUAAACAAUUAAAAAUAUUAAUUCCGUGAACAAUUUUUAUAUUAAUGUUUACUUUUUAUGUGUAUUGUUAAAUAUAACAUAAUAAUAAAUUAUCUACAUAUUUUUAAAAAUAUUACUCAUGUUACUUGACGUUAUAUUCAAUAUUACUUAUGUAUAGGGAAUAAAAAAAUAAUAAUAUGAAUAUUUAUUUUUUUUUUUACUCAACUAAACUAUGUAAUAUGUUUUAUGACCUUUAUAGUGUUAAAGUUUUUACUAUUUGUAUCUUGCAACUAAAUAUUAGUUCCCAUGUUAAAUAUGUAUGUAUUAUGAAUAAAAUUGAAGACCUUGUAAAACAUAUUAAAAUUGAGAUUUUUAGUUUAAACUUGCUUUGAUAUAUAUAAAAAUAACCAUAAAUUAUAAAACUAAUGAAAAGUAAAAUCAACUCUAUUUUUUUUAUAACUUUUGUAUAGGUAAUUUUUAUUUUUAGUUAUUUUCAAUGUAAGCUUAUGUAGGUAUUCAAUAUUUCUCUAAUUUGAUAUUAAUACCAAUUGUUAGUAAUAAUAUCUGCGUUAACAACCUUGACUCUUGUAUAUGAUAUCUUUGAGUAAAAGUAAUUUUUCAUAAAAUCAAGUUUAGUUAUUUGACCUAUAGCCUAAAGGUAUAUCCCACACGAUGUGAUUUAUUUGUUGUACAUGUUUCAAAUUUUACUACUUGCUUUUUUUUAUGUUGGAGAAAACUAUAUACUUAAUAUUAAAAUUGUGAAAUUAAGAAACAAUAUACUGGUAAAAAUAAGAUAAAAUAAAUAUCAUGUUAAUUACUUAAAAUAAAUUUACCAAAUCAUAUUCUAAUUAAUGUCUAGUUUAUAAAUAAAUGUCAAGUAUUUAUAAAUAUUAAGAAAUAAUACCAUUUAUUGUUUUUAUUUUAAGUCAUAAUACCUAAUUAAAGUAAUAUUUAAUAACUGACAAUUACAUAUAUUUUCCCAUUAGAAUGAAUUAUUAUGAAAUUUUUAAUUGCUUUAAGGGAAAAUCAUUAAGAACAUUAAGUAAUUAUUAAUAAUGUAUAUUUUUUAUGUGUAGUCAAAUGAAUCAGUUACCAAAGUUUGUUUUUACUUUUACUAAAGUCAAUUCUGAAAUAUUUUGUGUAAAUGGGCCAUAUUUAUUAAUAAAUGUAAAGUAAGACAGGAAACAUAAAAAGUAUAAUGCAGGUAUGAUUUCAAAAAAAAAUUAAAUAACGUUUUUAAAAUACUCUAAUCUAACCUAACCUGUGAGGCAUUAGUAAAAAACGGACCAGUAAAAUAUCUUUGAGAUGUUUUUAUAUUCUUUGGUUAUAUUAUGUUUAUGUAUUUUUUUUUCUGUUGUAUACAAUUUUUCUACCAGAAAUAUUAAUUCAAUGAAAAAAUAACAAGAAAUUCCUUUGUUGUAUUUUAUAUCUAAUUGGUGAUUAAGUAAUUUAUUUUUUGAGUUUCGAUCAGUUUUUAUGAUAAUUGGGAAAAAUCAGGAUAAAUAUAAGAAAAAACAGGAAAUUUAUGAAAAUAAUGCUUUUAUUAUUUUUCAAUCUCCUUAUUUGUUGUAAUUCAGUUAUAAAUAUUCAUAGAGAUUUAAAAUUUAGAUAGAAAACUUAUAUUUGCUUUUUGUAGACGUGGUCAAAUUUGCAAAUAAUUUAAGCCAUUUUUAAGGUAUUUGUAGACAUUUUAAUUUUGAGAGUUUUGUAUGUAAUAUUACUAUAUAUAGUAAUAUACUAUAUAUAACCUAACCAAAGAUUUAGGUACUCUGUGGUAAAAUUGUUAGACUUGAACAGAAAUGCUUCAAAAUUUAACAGGAGGUUCAUUAAGAGUCUUAUUUAGUAGUAAAAAAAAAAAAUUAUAUUUGAUGUAGUAUUUUUUUUUAUUCCCUAAUUUUAAUAUCAAAUUUUGACAAAAAAAAUGAUAUAGAAAAAUUCUAAUUUUUCAAUUUUUUUUUUUAUUUUUUGAAUGUAUGUAUAUUACCGAUUUAAGAACAAUAGCGAAAUCAGAAUUAAGCUGACUGACUAAGUUUCAAAAUUAUAGCUCUUUAAAUUUCUGAUGUUACAUUUUUUUGUAUUUUUUUCCCGUCUACCUAAACAAAGGAAAAAAAUGCAUUUUGGAUGUACAUAGAGAUCCAAGCCAUCAUUCCCUCGAAUUAUUUUAAUCGUAAAAUACCCUUUUAUUUGUUGUGCAAACUUUUCUACCAGUAAUCUUGCCCCAAUGCAUCAAAUGUAGCUUAUUUUCUGAAAAGAAAUUUUAUCUCUAUGAUAAUUUAGGGAGGUCAUUUUUGUGAUUUUUCAAGUGGUUUUCAUACUAUCUGAGAAAAACCGGGAUUAAAUGUCAGAUAAAUGGAAAUGUAGGUGUUAGUUAAAAAAUAUUUCGGCCUUCUUUUUUCCUGUGAACAACUUUUCUACUAGCAAUUUUCCUUCAAUUUACAAUGAUAGCACUUUAUCUAAAAGAAAAUUUGAUUGGAAAGGUACUUUAGGGAGGUUAUUUUCCGAUUUUCUCAACAAAUGUGAAAAACCGGGCAAAUCGGUACAAUGUUAAACAAACAAAAUGCCUAUUUAAUUAUUUUAUCAUAAUAUGAUAUAUAUAUAUUGUUGGCAGAGCAUCAUUUUCAAUUGCACAGCGUUCAAAAUUGUGUUUUUCGUUAACAAUGGUUUAUCGUUACUUACGGAUAUACAUUAAUUCUUUAUAACAGUGGCUGCACCUGUUAUCCUAGGACGUCUUUUUAUAGUUGAUGUUUUUUACCAAAAGUCUUGCUCAAAUCAUAAAAUAAUGAGAUAUUUAUUUUGUUGCAUUUCGUAUCUAAUUGGUGAUAAAGAGAUUAUUUUUUGAUUUUCCAGAGAAGAGUUUUCAUAAUAAUUGGAAAAAACCGAAAACAAAUUUAUGACUACAAUUUAAUUUUUUUAAAUGUUUUCAAUUUUCUAUAAGGUUAGGUUUUUUUCUCAUUAUUUUAUUAUAAUAUAGGUAAUUUAGGGUAUUAAUAAAACAAAAUUAUCCAGAAAAUGUUUGUUUUUGAUGGACCAAAAAUGUUAUUUUUAUUCUCAUUUAAUAUUUUCAAUUCAAAAAAUAUAAUGAUGGAUUUUUAUAUAUUAUGCUUUAGAAAUUCAUUUUGUAUGAAUAAGUUUUCAAUAAUGUUUGUUUUAUUUAUUAAAUAUUUUUAAACUAUUAUGUUAGUAUGUAACCACAUUUGAAUUAUUAUUAAUAUUUGAUUUGAUUGCCUUGUGAUUAAAACCCAAAGUGAAUAGAAAUUAUAAAUACAUGAAUAUAUCUAAUAAAGUGUAAUUAAAUUUACGAUAAAGGUAGUAAAAUAAAUACUAUCAUAUCCAUAUUACAUAUGAGAAAUGAGAUUUAAAUAUAUCAUUAUAAACAUACUUAUCUAUAGUGAAACAUUAAAAUAGCUGUUUAAUGUUCAAAUGUGAUGUGAUAAGAUUAUAAUAAUUUUUUACUGGAAUGCUAAUUUUGUUUAUUAUUCUGGCUAGGAGAGAAAGGAGUGGAUGUGAAAUCGAAAAGAGACCACUUAAGGCCAGUUUACUCAAUUAUAUAAUCACAAAAAUAGGCAUAUACAAUCUAGUUUGUACAAGUCGAUUUUGAUUCCAUGGUCAUAUAUUUAAAAUAAAUACAGUUUUUAAAGUUAAACUGAGCACAUAAACAUAAUUUUCUUAAAACUAAUUGCAUAAUAUGUGUUAAAUUGUUUUUUCUGUUCUGUAAACCUGAAUACUAUAAAAUCUUUAAAUAAUACAAUACACUUUGAGAAAUACGAGUAUGGAAUAAUAGAAAACAAUUGUAAUUUUAAUGAAAUAGGCCCACUGUGUCUAUUAAUUUUGAUUGUUACCUAGUGGAGUAAAUUAGGCUAAAUUGUUUAGAGUUUGCAAAUAAUUUUUUUGAGUAAGUACUACCUAACUGGUGAUGAGCUUCACCCCUCCCACCAUACCACAGCCCUCUAACUAUAAAUUGAUUAUACUCUACAAAUUCUCUCUAAAUUUUACAGUAUAAAUAUAACUAAUCUCAACAUACAUAUUACACACUAAUACAUUACAUGUAAUAUACACUUACACUAUAAAUAAUUACCUGAGGUCAUCGCAUACCAUUAAUAAGUGUAUAUGUUUAAAUUAAUUAUGAAUGCGCAUAAUAUACUGAUAGUUUGUAUUCUUCAUUGUACUUGUUGUAUUGGUUUUACUUUGUGUGUGCCUUUUUAAAAAAUUGUGUCUUUCUAAGAACAACUUUUCUACCAAAAAUUAUGAUCUAAUAAAAAAUGAUUAAAGUGAUUUUAUGUAUACCAUUUCAGAUUUUGUUGAUGCAUUGAAAUUAGUAUUUUAAAUUUUCCACAAAGUCUUCAUAAUAAUUGGGAAAAAUCAUCAAAAAAAAAAAAAUGUUUAGGAAAAACUGUAAAAUUACGACAAUAAAAGUUUCAUUAUUUUGGUUUUCUAACAGUAAUCAUGUUCCCAAUUUAACAGAAGCAUCUUUACUAAAAUAAAAUGUCUAGUUGAUGCAUAAAAGGCUAUUUAUCAAUUUUUCUUGUUCUUUUCUAUAUAAUUGUGAAAAACUUAUAUUCUCUUAAAUUGAGAAUUUAAAAUGAAACUUAAAUUUAAAAUGUACUUUUUAUAUACUCAUAGAAAAAACAUAAUACUCAAAAUAUUCUGACAUUUUUUUAGUUAUUUAAAAGUAUUUGACAUUUUUAAGUUUUUUUUAUAGUUUUUAUUUAAUUUUAUGUUUUAUGUUCUUUAUAAAUUGUUUUAGAUGAUCAGAAAUAUUUAACAAUUUUAGUUGAUGUACAUCAUACAUUUUACUAAGUAGUAAAAGAAAAUGUUGAGUGUAACUUAGAUGGAUUUUUUAUAUAUGUUUAUACCUUAAAUUUUGAUUAAAAUCUCAAAAAUUACAGCAUUUUCAAACAUUUACAACCAAACUACGUUCAGAAUCGUAUUUUGUAAGAAAAUAAUUUAUCAAAACAAAUUUAAACAUUGGUUCCUAAAAUAUCAAUUACUGUAUUACUUUGUUAACAUUACAGUUGAUACUGAUAUCGUUUUUCAAAUGUUAAAUUUAAUUCAUUUUUAUUUUUUGAAAAACUAUAAAUUAGUUCCAUUAUUAAAUAAAUUAAUUUUGAAUUAAUUUUUGGGGUCACAAAAAGAUACUCUUGUUUAAUCUAUUGUGGAUCUAUAAUAUUUCCAGAGGACACACAAGUGCAACUCCUGUGUAAUUACCAGUUUACACCACUGCUGAUAACUCAAUUCUUAUAUCUUAAAAAAAAAAAUUCAAAUUUAGCCAUUAUUUCUGUAAACUAAAUGUUUAACUUAAUUUAAAUUCUUGAUAUUUUGUUCCCAACAAAUUAGUGUCUAUAAGUUUAAAUAAUAAAGUUGGGCACCAUUUCUUUAUCGUAUAUUAUAUAAAUAUUUAUUAGAUAAUAAAUACAAUUUAUAUAUUUUUAAACUUAUAAUAAUGACACUCCCUCAAAAAGAAAGGCUUGUGCUUAAGCUGAGCAAAUUCAAAAAGUCAAUAAUUGAAAAUGUAAUAAAUGAUACGAUAUUGAUAUUGAUGAGGCACAAGAACUUAAACAUUUUAAUUAACAAGUAUAUUUUUCUUCCGUUCCUAAUUUUGUAACUUAUUAUUUGACUUUGAAAAUUAAAUUUUACUAGUAAAUAUUUAAUUAUGUUUUUAUCAAAAUACUUCAGGAUGUAGGUGUUAUUAGAACUGGUAAUGGAGUACCAGUUGAUGAUCAUAAUAAUACACUCCAAGCUGGAGUAAAUGGACCACUUGUACUACAAGAUCAUACUUUUUUGGAUGAAAUUUCCCACUUUGACCGUGAACGUAUUCCAGAACGAGUUGUUCAUGCAAAAGGAGGAGGUAAUUUUAAUUAUGGGGUUUUUGAAACUGAAGAUGGUUUCUUCAAGAUUGACAGAAAAAAAUGUAUUUUUAAUGAUUCUAAAUAUAAUUUUAGGUGCAUUUGGAUAUUUUGAAGUAACACAUGAUAUAACAAAGUAUUGUAAAGCUGAUAUAUUUUCAUGUAUUGGAAAGCAAACUCCUGUUGCAGUGAGAUUUUCUACGGUUGGUGGAGAGAGUGGAUCAGCUGAUACUGUAAGGUAUGUUAAUAUUAUACAUAAUAUUAUUAUAUAUUUAGACUAAUUUGUAAAAAAAUGCUUAAUGAUUUAAUGUUUAUUAUUUGUUAGAGAUCCAAGAGGUUUUGCUAUAAAAUUUUAUACUGAAAAUGGAAUUUGGGAUCUAGUUGGAAACAAUACACCAAUAUUUUUUAUUAGAGAUCCAAUUUUAUUUCCUAGUUUUAUUCAUACUCAGAAAAGAAAUCCAGUUACCCAUUUAAAAGUAUUUAAAAGUUUAAUAACUUAUAUACUAUAUAGCAAUAUUGUAAAUUAUUAUAUUAAUUUAAAUUUUAGGAUGCAAAUAUGUUUUGGGACUUUUUAACUCUACGUCCAGAAUCAUUACACCAAGUAAUGAUACUUUUCUCCGAUCGAGGAAUUCCAGAUGGGUACAGGUAUAUGAAUGGAUAUGGAUCGCAUACAUUUAAAAUGGUCAAUUCUAUAAAUGAGGCAGUUUAUGUUAAAUUUCAUUUUAAGGUACAUAGAUUAAUAAAAUGUUAAUACAAAUAUUUAUUAUGUAUAUAUAUUAAAAGCUGAUACUUUUCUGGGAAAACAGUCUUCAUUUUAAUAUUAAUAGCUUUCUUACUAAUUUCAAAAUAAUCAGAAUGUAAAUGUAUAAAAUUAUAUAUUUUUAGACAGAUCAAGGUAUUAAGAAUUUGGAUGUUAAAAAAGCUCGUGAUCUUGCUGCUGAUGACCCAGAUUACUCGAAUCGUGAUCUAUUUAAUGCUAUUGCAAAUGGCAAUCACCCUUCCUGGACACUUUACAUACAAGUGAUGACAUUUGAAGAAGCUGCUGCCAAUCCAUUCAAUCCUUUUGAUAUUACUAAAGUUUGGUCACAUGCUGACUAUCCAUUAAUACCAGUUGGCAAACUAGUGUUGAAUCGAAACCCAACUAACUAUUUUGCUGAUAUUGAACAAAUUGCUUUUAGUCCAGCACAUUUGGUACCUGGUAUUGAACCUAGUCCAGAUAAACUUCUUCAGGUUAUUAUUCUUAUAAUUUUUUGCAGUUAUGUGCAUGCUUCAAAUUUUUAAAGUGUUUUAUAUUUCAGGGUCGCUUAUUUUCAUAUAGCGAUACCCAUCGUCAUCGCUUAGGAGCAAAUUAUUUGCAGUUGCCAGUAAAUUGUCCAUACCGUUCAAAAGUUACUAACUAUCAGCGAGAUGGACCUCAAGCAUAUGAUAAUCAAGGAUCAGCACCAAAUUACUAUCCAAAUAGUUUUUCAGGACCAGAACAACAACCUCAGUACAAAUUAUCCACAUUUAAUGUUUCUGGAGAUGUUGCUAAGUAUGAAACACAAAUUGUAUUUUACUAAUCUCUUUAUGUGGUAUAUACUAUAUACAAAUUUGUAUACUUAUUUAUUUCUAUUCUGUUUUAUUUUCUAGAUAUGAUUCAAGUAACGAUGAUAACUAUUCUCAAGCAGGUUUACUUUAUAGAAAUGUUUUACCUGAAGAUGAACAAAACAGAUUGGUUGAAAAUAUAACUGAUAACUUGAAACAUGCAGCUGAUUUUCUACAAGUAUUAAAUUUAUACAUUCAUUUGUAUACAAAAGUGUAUUUUUAACUUGCAUUAAUAUAAUAUAUUGUUUCUCUAGGAAAAAGCUGUUUUUCAUUUCACCCAGAUUGAUGAUGAUUUAGGACAAAAGUUAAGAGAACAAUUGAAGUUGGCAAAGUGUUCUAAAGCAAACCUUUAAUUAUUAUUCUUUUUAAAUAACCACUUUUUUCAUUGUUUUUAAACUUUUUAUUUGUAUUAAUUUUAAAUUUAUUACAUAUAAAUUGUAUGUCUGUAAUAAUAGUUAUAUAACAAUAUAAUUUCACAUAAAUUAACUAAUUAUUAAAAAGACGUAUAUAUAUUUUACUAUAUUAUAAUUACAUAUAUUUAUUGCUCACAAAUGAUGAAUUAAGUACAUAUUAUAUUGAAUAGUUUUAAAUCAAAAAUAUUUUUAGCACCACAGAGAUUGUUGUAGAUACCAUGUACUUAUCAAUUGUUAUAAUAUAUUUUGAUUUAUUAAAAUAACAAAAAAAU